GUUUGCGCCUUUGGAAAGAGACUCCCCCCCCUCUCUCACACACACACACACACACAGAGACAGACAGCUGCUUCUGACUGGUGAAAAAUAAAAAGAAAGAUCGCUGGGGGAGAUCCUGGGAUCACAGAUCGUAUGAAAGGAAAACUUUAAUUUUUUAGGUGUAACAAAAAAAAGGCCGACAUAUUUCCAACAGGAGGUGAAUGAAGGGGCCGAGCCGCGUCUGGCGCGCCGAGGGGGAUUAACGCACACACGGUUUGUUUUCCUUGAAGAAUACCCAUUCCAAGCGGAGCCCUGGCCACAUAAAGGGACCUUACAAGGGGGCCGGGGAUUGCACAUCGCUGUCUUCUGCUUGUCUCAAUAUUGGUCCGCCGCUGACCAUGGGGGAAACUAAGAUAAUCUAUCACAUUGAUGACCAAGAGACGCCGUAUUUGGUGAAACUGCACAUCCCGGCGGACCGGGUGACUUUGGCAGACUUUAAAAAUGUCCUUAAUAAACCGAACUACAAGUUUUUCUUCAAAUCUAUGGACGAUGACUUUGGAGUGGUGAAGGAAGAGAUCUCGGAGGACAAUGCCAAGCUCCCCUGUUUCAAUGGCAGAGUGGUUUCCUGGCUGGUCUCGGCGGAUGGCUCUCACUCGGACGGAGGCUCGGUUUGCGCUGACAGCCAGUCGGACCUCCCACCCCCGAUUGAGCGCACCGGAGGGAUUGGAGACUCGCGCCCGCCGUCCUUCCAUGCGAAUGCCGCUGGCAGUCAGGACAACCUGGACAAUGAGACGGAGACUGAGUCAGUGGUGUCCUCACGGAGAGAACGGCCACGCCGGAAAGACAGCCACGAGCACGUCUCGCGGGUGAACGGACAUGCCAAGCUGGAGCGGCGUCACGACGUGGGGGGCUACGAGAGCUCGUCCACGCUGAUGAGCAGCGAGCUGGAGUCCACCAGCUUCUUCGACUCGGAGGAGGACGACUCCGCCAGCCGGUUCAGCAGUUCCACAGAGCAGAGCAGCUCCUCGCGGCUGAUGAGGCGACACAAGCGUCGGCGGAGGAAACCCAAGGCGCCGCGCAUGGAGCGGUCCUCGUCUUUCAGCAGUAUCACAGACUCCACCAUGUCUCUCAACAUCAUCACUGUGAUUUUAAACAUGGAGAAGUACAACUUCCUGGGGAUCAGCAUCGUGGGGCAGAGUAACGAGCGGGGCGACGGCGGGAUCUACAUCGGAUCCAUCAUGAAGGGGGGCGCCGUGGCCGCGGACGGGCGGAUUGAACCCGGGGACAUGCUGCUGCAGGUGAACGACAUCAACUUUGAGAACAUGAGCAAUGACGACGCGGUGCGGGUGCUGAGGGAGAUCGUUCACAAACCCGGACCCAUCACGCUCACAGUCGCCAAGUGCUGGGACCCCACCCCCAGGGGGUGCUUCACACUGCCCAGGAUUACAAACUGUGUAGCGUAUUGUCCUGCUUAUCAAGGCGAGCCGAUCCGGCCAAUCGACCCGGCUGCCUGGGUGUCCCACACGGCAGCGAUGACAGGGACGUACCCGGUGUACGGUAUGAGCCCUUCCAUGAGCACCAUCACUUCCACUAGCUCCUCCAUCACCAGCUCCAUCCCCGAGACUGAACGGUUCGAUGAUUUCCACCUGUCCAUCCACAGCGACAUGGCCACCAUCGCCAAGGCCAUGGCAUCCCCCGAGUCCGGUCUGGAGGUGCGGGACAGGAUGUGGCUGAAGAUCACCAUCCCCAAUGCCUUCAUAGGUUCGGACGUGGUCGACUGGCUGUACCACCACGUGGAGGGCUUCACUGACCGCAGAGAGGCGCGCAAGUACGCCAGCAAUCUGCUGAAGGCCGGCUACAUCCGGCACACUGUCAAUAAGAUCACCUUCUCAGAGCAGUGCUACUACAUCUUCGGAGACCUCUGUGGCAACAUGGCUAAUCUCAGCCUGAACGACCACGAUGGCUCAAGCGGGACCUCAGACCAGGACACACUGGCCCCCCUCCCUCACCCCGGCGCGGCCCCCUGGCCCCUCGCCUUCCCCUACCAGUACCCCGCGCCGCACCCCUACAACCCCCCCACCGGCUUCCAUGACCCGGGAUACAAUCACGGAGGAGGUGGGGGCAGCGCCGGGAGCCAGCACAGUGAAGGCAGUCGCAGCAGCGGCUCUAACCGCAGUGGCAGUGAGCAGAGGCGCAAGGAGGAGACGGCGGCAAAGGCGAGUGGAGGAGGAGGAGGAGGAGGAGGAGGGGAUUCCAAAUCAGGUGGCAGCGGCAGCGAAUCAGACCACACCACACGGAGCAGCAGCAGCAUGAGGAGGGAGCGGGCGCCCAGCGAGCGCUCUGCAGCGCCCCCUAGCGAGCACAGCCUCCGCAGCCACCACUCCGCCACGCACAGUCUCCGUAGCAACCACAGCCAUGCCUACGUCCCGCCCCCACACUUCCCCCCGCCCCUCGUCAUGAUGGGCCCCCCCGGAGCCCCACCCGGCCGAGACCUGGCGUCUGUGCCGCCCGAGCUGACCGCCAGCAGACAGUCCUUCCGAAUGGCCAUGGGCAACCCCAAACCAAACCCAAGUGCUUUUGACCAGGAAACCAGACCUGUUGAAAUGGACACGUAGACGUCCGUCCAGCGCGGUUUACCGACUCGGCGCGCAGGAAUCUUCCACAAGACUUUCAUCCUUUCCCUUUCUGAGACCAGGGUGCUCUGGGGCAGCCCUAUUGUCUGCCAUAUUGGCGAGGGUUAACGUGCUGGCUGACCCCGGAGAGAGAGGAGGUGAAAGGUGAAAGGUGAAAGGCUGGCAGGGCCUGGUAGAAUACCAGUGUUCCGAGCGAUAUCUUGGUCUAUCCAUUUUUCUCUAGGGACUGGCAAGCAAUAACCAAAAUAAAGUCUACUGACAAACUGUGAAUACAAAACCGCAGCCUGUUCCACCCAAGCUCUCCUCGUGUCUCUGUCCUGUCCCAGACUCUCGCAUGGUGGUUUAGGUCAUCCCUGUGGGGUAUUGCUUCGGUAGGAUCACUCCUGGUUGUUAACAAGAUACAGUAGCAUUGUGUACAAGUGUGCUUUAGCUUUUUAAAAUUCUGUAAGAAAAGCCUGGAAAAUAAAUAAAUAAAUAAAUAAAUGGUACUAAAUCAAAAAUAUGUGGCAGAGCACAAAAGAGUGCUCAACUGGACAAUCCAAUACAUUGCAAUACACAUUGCAAAGAAAUGAACUGAACUGGACGAGGCUGAACAUCGCAGGAGGGUUGGGGGGGGUCUGAUUCUUGAUAUCCGGGCUGGUAAGGUAUGAUUCUGUCCCUGAAGGAAAUGUGUCUAGCUGUUUUCUUUCAUUCGAUUCCAGAUGAUUUAUUGGAAGGUAGUUUACAGUUGUUUAAAAUAAGAACUAAUUUAAAUGUGUACUGAUGUGGUGUUUAGCAUUCUCUCUCUUUUUAAUGUUUUUUUUUAUAAUAACACGAUUACUCCCAAAUUCAGUUUGACGUCUGGUUUGAUGGGGGGUGCAGCUUGGGUUCCGUGGCUGCCAUUGAAGAGACUGGCUUCCAGUUUAACCUGAGAGAACCUGUGCUGUAUUUUGCACUGAUGGCUUUAAGGAUCAUUGCGCUGGAAGAAUCCGGUUCAGAUGCAUUCAGAAUGUAACAGGGAGUUGGAUUUCAAUGGUGGUGGGAAUGUGCUAAAUAAGAAAUCAAGAAUUGUAAUGCCUUUACAUUACAGCCGUAACUGACUAGAAAUUAUCAGCAUUUCACUUGUGUUUCUGUUUAAAUUCUUUUCACACUUUCAGAAUAUCACCAGAUAGAAGUGAAUGCUAUUCCAUAUCACAGGGGUGUCCAAUCCGUCCUGGUAAUGAAUUAGUCCAGGGUCUGGUUCAAUCAAACACUUCAGAACAUGGGAACCAUUGUGAUGCUGUUCUUCCGGAAUGGAAUGUGCGGAACAAUCCGGAAUGUGGAGUCAGGGUUUGGAAGCAGCCAGACAGCAUGGCUUGUGAUUUCUUUCCACAUGCACACGGUACGACACUGUCACCUGAUCUGGGGCACCAGUGGGAUGUGCUGGAUCUGCAAACCUGUCCUUAUCAACGUGUAUCUUCAAAUUCCACGUUUUCUAUUGAUUGUUAUUUUUCUCGUACCAUAAACAAACAUCUGUAUCACUGUAUGCUUUUUACACAGCUUAACACAUCGCUUCAUUGUAAACCUUUCUUUGAGUACCGUGACAGUUUUUUUUAUUUUGUAUUAACUAUUAGCAACUGAUAUUGUAUAGUGAUCAACGGUUCAGUUUCAUACAUGCUGUUUUAUGAAAAAAAAAGUAUUGUUUUUAUUUAUAAACAUAGUUUUAUUGCCUAAA